AUGAUGAGUUACUUGGGUGAUGAUCAUCGUAACUGGGAUGUAAAUAUUCAUAAAUUUCAGUUUGCAUAUAAUACCGCGAUUCAUGUGUCACUCGGUGUGAGUCCGGUAUACUUAAAUUUGGGCCGUGAUCCAUGUCCCAUUCGUAAUUGUCGAGUUGCAGAUGACAAUAAUGUAGCUGUCGAUAAUGAUGUCGACCGCAAUAGCUGGAUUCAGCGUGUAGGUCGUACUGUAGAAGUACGUGAUAUCGUAAAUCAACGCAUCCGACGAUCAUCCAAACGAUACGCAGUGUAUUAUAGUAACAAACGACGUAAUAAAUUGUUUCAAGUAGGAGACCAGUGUAAUCCUCACAAUCUACAGACGUGUUGUGAUAAACAUUCAUCAUGCAAAUUUAAAGAAUCAAGAAAUGGUUUCUACUGCGGAGAAAAAGCAAAACUAGAAGCUUUCUGCAUUAGAAACGAAGACUGUAACGGAAUAUUACAUGCUAGGUGCUCAAUGGAAAAACAAUGCGUUUGUAGAGAAAAUAAUAUAGCAAUAAAUGAAACAUACUGUGCGCCAUCAUUGGGAGCAUUUUGUUGGAAGGAUGAAAAAUGUGCAACUAACAAUGCCGUUUGUAUCGACAGCCAAUGCCAGUGCAAAGACUAUUAUUUUCGAUCAAAUGAUCAAUGCUUACCAAUGAUGUUAGGUUCAUACUGUAAAAAUGAUUCAGAGUGUCAACAAGUAAAAUUUUCAAAAUGUUCUGAACUGAAAGUCUGUAUCUGUUCAUUCAAUACAAUGGCUAUAAACAGAACAACCUGUGUACCUCUACUAGGCGUACCAUGUCAAGUGAAUGAACAUUGCAAAGUCAACAAUUCAAUAUGUGUUGAUAACGAAUGUCAAUGCGAGAUUAAAGCCCUUAUCCACAACGAUAAUGAAUGCGCAUUACCUCAUUUAGAUAUGCCUUGUGAUGAUAAUAGUUUUUGUGCAAUGUUUAUCAACCAUACAACUUGCUCCGAUAAUAAUAAAUGUAUAUGCGACUCUAAUAAUUAUGAAAUAGAAAAUAAUAAAUGCAUGCCUGCAUUCAGUGCGGAAUGUUGGAUUGAUGAAAUAUGCGCAACAGAUAAUGCCAUGUGCAUUAAUAAUAAAUGUCAAUGUAAGCCUCAUUAUAUUUAUCAUAGAUCAAAAUGUGUUCCAAGUACGUACCUUUGUGGCCUAUUAUAGAAGUAAUCAUGAAACGAUUGAUUAAAUUUAGAAUUAUGUUACUUAUUGCAGUUGCUUUAAACGAAGCAUGUGAAAUAGAGGCAGACUGUGGCGCAAUAAGAUUUGGAACAUGUUCAAAAUAUAGAAAAUGUGUUUGCAAAGAUGCACACGUUAAAAUUGACCGAAUAACUUGUGCACCAUCUGUAGGAGCAGCUUGUUCUGAAGAAAUAAAAUGUGUACCGGCUAAUUUA